AUGUAUCUAUCUAUCUUUCUCAUUAUCUAUCUAUGCAUCUCAUUAUCUAUCUAUCUAUCUAUCUAUCUAUCUAUCUAUUUCUGCAUGCUCAUUAUCUAUCUAUCUAUCUAUCUAUCUAUCUAUCUAUUUAUCUAUCUCAUUAUCUAUGUAUCUCAUUAUUCAUCUAUCUAUCUAUCUAUUAUCUAUCUAUCUAUCUAUCUAUCUAUGCGUGUUUAUAUCUACAUCUGUUCAUAUAUACGUAUCUAUCCAGACCUCUUUAUAUCUACACCUGUUCAUAUCAUAUGUACGUAUCUAUGUAUCUGGGCCUGUUUAUAUUUACAUCUUUUCAUAUCUAUCUAUCUAUUUAAUCAAUUAUCUAUCUAUCUAUCUAUCUAUCUAUCUAAGAUCUAUCUCAUUUAUAAGAUCAUCUAUCGAUCUAUCUAUCUAUCUAUCUAUCUAUUGAAAAUAUUAAAUCUAUCUAUCUAUCUAUCUAUCUAUCUAUCUGAGACUAUUAAGAUCUAUCUAAUCUAUCUAUCUAUCUAUCUAUCUAUCUAUUUUAUCUAUCUAUCUAUCUAUCUUAGUCUCUUCAUAUUUCUUUAUAUUUUCAUGUCUCGUUCGUUACCUAUUGGCCUAAAUCUGUUUCUACAUCUAUGUUCAUGGAAAAAUCAAUUGAACAUUUAUUGUUUAUAUGAUUUACACCUUUUGUAA